UGCGCGCCGUUGCAACACACCGGGUCACCUCGUGGAUAUAACCCUCGCGCAGAGCGACGGGCCAGCCUGCGCGUUCCUCCCUCCACUUUCCACUUGGCGACAAGGCUGCGCUUUGUGCUCAGACCGAGGCAGCGCCGACGCCGCCGUCUUCCGUCGCCGCCGCACACGCACGGCAGGGCGCGCAGCCGCAUCCCCGCCGCACUCUUCGCCAGCUUCGCUGCUGUGUGUCUCAGGCGAUCCGCACGCCCGGGUGGCUGGAUGGUGACAAAUGGAGGCACUCAAUCACAAACUGAACGCGCUCUUUGAGUCAUGGAUCGGUCCCCGAGAUCAUCGGGUGCAGGGACUGCUGCUGCUCGACAACUACCCGCCGACCUUUGCGCUCACCGUCCUCUACCUGGUGAUCGUGUGGUUGGGGCCCAAGUACAUGAGGCACCGGCAGCCGUACUCCUGCAGGGGCCCCAUGCUGCUCUACAACCUGGGCCUCACGCUGCUGUCCUUCUACAUGUUCUAUGAGCUCGGCACGGCUGUCUGGCACGGCGGCUACAACUUCUACUGCCAGAACACUCACAGUGUGGAGGAGACCGAUAAAAGGGUCAUCAACGUCCUGUGGUGGUACUACUUCUCCAAGCUCAUCGAGUUCAUGGACACCUUCUUCUUCAUCCUGCGAAAGAACAACCACCAGAUCACGUUCCUGCACAUCUACCAUCACGCCAGCAUGUUCAACAUCUGGUGGUUCGUUAUGAACUGGAUCCCCUGCGGCCACUCGUACUUCGGUGCCAUGCUGAACAGCUUCGUCCAUGUUGUGAUGUAUUCCUACUACGGCCUCUCGGCGGUCCCGGCCAUCCGGCCUUACCUCUGGUGGAAGAAGUACAUCACACAGUUGCAGCUGAUCCAGUUCGUCCUAACUGUGUCCCAGACGUACUGUGCAGUCGUGUGGCCGUGUGGCUUCCCCAUAGGCUGGCUCUGGUUCCAAAUAAGUUACAUGUUCACGUUCAUUAUCCUCUUCUCAAACUUCUACAUUCAGACGUACAAGAAGCAAAGAGGUCUGAGGAAGCAGAAGGAGCACCAGAACGGCUCUCCUCUGUCAACAAAUGGACACGCAAAUGGGACGCCAUCGCUGGAGCACGCUGCUCACAGGAAACUGAGGGUGGAUUGACAUUUGAGAAAGCUCGUUAGCCAAGGCUGCAAAGGGGGAAUGAGUAGAACACUUAGCAUUCACUAGAGGUAAACAAGGCCAUAGCUGCAUGUAUCCAGACAUCCCGUGUUUUUGCACAUAGUGCUCACGUGGUAUUAACUAUUAAAGUCGUCUAGUUAAAGGACUAAUGUAGUGUAAAGUAGGAGUCCAGACACUGCACAAUAUUCUGCCUCUGCCCUGUUUCUUGCUGUGAGCAAAUAAACACACAAUCCAACUCCUUCAGUGAUGCUUGAUAUCCACAAAAGGUCCAGAGCGAGAGUGUGUUGGUGGCUUAAGAGUCACCACAUUAAUUUAAGGACAAAACACACACACACACUGACUUUAGCCUUUGUGUAGCCAGAGCAAGUAUUUUGUGCCAUGCCUUAUCUCAGUCUGUGCUGUUACAUAAUCCUAAUUCUGCCCCGUGUAGUGCUCCAACGGAUUGGAACAGCAAAAGUUGCACUGUGUCGUAUAUUUGCAGAGCGAGUUCUCCAGUUCUGAGGCAAUGACAAAGGGCAGGUGUUGUAUUUUAGAAGCACAACAGAAACUAAAUUCCCCCAUCACAGCGUGCUAUCUACUGUACCAGUUAUACUCAGUUCAUAAAAUACAGAAACGCAGUUUAUAGCCUUAGUUUAUUAAUAUUAAAUAAAUUAGACUCCGUACUUUAGGAUUUAGUGCUAAAAGAUGAAGUGUUAUAUUCAAAUUCAAACCAAUAGGCCCAUUCAGCAGAUGCUCUAAACAAUUGCUCAUGAUCCUGUUCAACAAAUUUAGGUUGUUAGAAAUCGUUGAAAUUCUCUGAAAAAUGCACAGCUAUAAUUCCAAAGCAACAAGGUUAACUAAUUUCCAGAGAAUGAUCGUGUGAUCCAGCCAAAGGAUCCACAACAACUACUACAUGUAAAUAGACGUUUUGUCAAACUCUAAAUAGUUUCUUUCUGACAUGAAUAUGGUGCCUUCUGAACCAGGACUGUGGUUUCUUAUUUUUCUGAUAUAUUAUUGUUUUCUUUUGGUCUCAGUAGUAAAUAAUGUCAAAUGUCCUGUUUCUGUUCUGAUGAUGAUCAUAUCAUUACAACAGUGUGACAAGCUAAACACAAAGAUCACAUUGACUUUACAGUUAAUUCAAAAUCUCAAACACAUUUUAACAUUGAGUUAUUAAAAUAAUUUAUGUUUAUAGUUAACACAAAGUGUAAGGUGGGAGAAACCAAGGAUCUAUACAUAUAGACACAUCUGUGAAUAUAUAUUUUGGGUGGGCUCUGUUCACCCCGUACUGAGCUAUGGAACCUGGUGGUGGAUCAACAGUGUGUGGGGACUUCUCAAAUCUCUCUUGUGAACAAAUGCUUGUGUUUAAUUAUUCCUAAAAUGUUUUCCCAAUAAAACAAUGUUUUAUUCUACUA